UUUUUUUCUUGUUUUUAUUUUUGUAUUCGUGUGUUCGUAUUCUAUAAUUAAGAAUUUUUAUAUCUAAUAUACAUAAAUUAUUAGACCGAUUAGAUUGUUAACCGCAAAAAAUUACAAAUAUAAUUUAAGGAUUACAUAUAAAAAGACAUAUCAAGAAAAUGAUACGCGUUAAUUAUUAAGGUCACUAAAAGACAAUUUUUUUGUUUGAAUUAGCUUCAAAGUUUCGAUAUAAAAAAUUAUUUAAAAAUUAAGUAAUAAAAAUAAAAACGAUAAAAUGAGAGCAACUGUGGAUAAAAAACUUCUACCAAUUAAAGCCCAUUAUUUUCUGUUUAAUGCAGGAACUGCACCCGUAGUGCCUUUUAUGCCAACAUUAGCACGUCAAUUAGGAUUUUCCACACAAAUUGUUGGUACAAUAUAUGCUGUAUUACCAAUUAUUGGAAUGUUAACAAAACCAUUAUUUGGUUGGAUAGCGGAUAAAUACCAAAGACAUAAAAUUUUAUUUAUAUUAGCUCAGUUAUUAACAGCUAUAUCAUUUUUUUGCAUAAUGUUUAUACCACCUGUGCCUACAAAAGUAGAACUAGACUGUAAUGAAGGUGCGAAUGAAAUUCGCUUUUGUCCAAAGAAUCCAAAAAUAAAUCAAUGUAUACAAGAUAAAUUGGAAAAACAUUUUAUUGGUGAAUCUCCUAAAUGUCAAAUGAUAUGUGAUGCAACACCAGCGCAUUGGGAUAUAAUAUGCAAGAACUGGAAUGUAACAGAACCAAACAAAUGUAAUAAAGAAUUACCAACAUUUCAAUAUGAUGUUAUAUUAAAUAUGAGCCAUAUAUUAAUAUCAGGAGAUUGUAUAUUUUUCCGUGAAUAUAGCGGAAUUAUGAAUGGUAUUAAUACAACAAUGUAUUGUCCAUCGGAUGCAAAUAAAUCAUUAUUUAAAUCAAAAUGCGAAUUGAUUUGUGAAGAUAAAUUUAUAAUGACAACGUUAGCAGAAGGAGAUACUACUCAUAAUGAAAGUGUUAGUGGUUUAUAUCAAUUUUGGAUAUUUUUUAGUUUAUUAAUUACAAGUUGGGCUGGUAUGGCAGUAGUUGUAAGUGUCGGUGAUGCUAUUUGUUUUGCUAUGUUAGGAGACCGUCAUCAUUUAUAUGGAAAUCAAAGAUUAUGGGGUGCAGUCGGUUGGGGUAUAUUCUCUAUAAUUGCUGGUUUAUUAGUUGAUAAAAUGUCUGGUGGAAGUCCAGUCAAAGAUUAUACAAUUAUAUUUUAUAUGGCUCUUAUAAUAAUUAUUUUUGAUAUGUUUGCAUCAACAAGAUUGGAGUUUACAGAAUCAAAAUUUUCUACAAGUAUUUUAAAAGAUGUUGGUAAAUUAUUUUUAUCUUUUCGUGUUAUAAUAUUUUUUAUUUGGUGUGUUUCGGUUGGAUUAUGUACGGCACUUAUAUGGAAUUUUUUGUUUUGGCAUUUAGAAGAUUUAACUGAUGCUGCUAAUAAACCAUUAUGUGAACCAGAUUAUAUGAAAACAUUACAAGGUUUUGCAAUGGGUAUACAAUGUUUUGGUGGUGAAUUACCAUUUUUUUUUUUAUCUGGUUGGAUUUUAAAAAAAAUUGGUCAUAUAAAUGCAAUGAGUUUGGUAUUAUUUGGUUUUAGUUUAAGAUUUAUUUUAUAUUCGAUAUUAUCAAAUCCAUGGUGGGUUUUACCAAUUGAAUUAUUAAAUGGUAUUACAUUUGGUAUAUUUUAUUCAACGAUGGCAUCAUAUGCAAGUAUUGUUGCACCACCAGGAACUGAAGCAACAUUACAAGGUAUGGUUGGUGCGAUUUUUGAAGGUGUCGGAGUUUCAAUUGGUAGUUUUAUUGGUGGAUUAUUAUUUAAUGCUGUCGGUGGGAGUAUAACAUUCCUUAUUUAUGGAGUUUGUGCAUUUAUUGUAUUUUUAAUGCAUGUUGGUGUACAAUAUUUUAUAAGUGGGAACGAUUCGGGUUACUCAGCAAAUUACAAUUUUCCUUCAAUGCUAUUGGAUGAUCAAGAUGCUUAAAUUGAUAUUUUUAGUGAAAUUUUAAAUAAAAGACAAAAUUUAUUAUUCAGUAUAAUUAAUUAUUAGUAGAUUUUUUUUAGUAUUUUAAAUGUUGAUUAGAAUGAAAAAUAAUUAAGAAAACAAAAAAAAAAAUAUAUUGAUUGUUAUUUCUUGUUAAUCUUCUUGUGUAAAUUAAAAAAAAAAAAUAAGUGAUAUGGCAUGUAUGUAAUUUUUAUAUUUUUUAAUUUUUAUGUAUAAAUAAAUUGUUUAAAUUUUUAUUAAAUUUGAUUUAUAUAGGUUUUUAUAAAAUUAUAUUUCAUUAUUUCUGUUAUUCAUUGUAUUUUUUAUAAAGGAUGUUUUUGUU